AAUUAUGUAUUAUGCAUCUUUCAAAGAAGAAAAAUGCAAACGUUAAUGGGAUUUUCUUUUGGAUUGUUUGCGUGGAAUAAUUACUCCCUCAAAUGUCUUAAAGCUUAUAUUACGAGCAUGUUUUGAAAGUAUAAGUAGAAAGUACUUGCGUUCAAAUGUAGGGAAUAACUGUUACCCUGGAAUGCACCUGUCUACGCAUGCGUACCAAAUGCUAUGGCUGUAUAUUGUUGAAUGUCCUCUUUCGCUGGUAUUUAUUUACCCUUACAGUACUUUACAGUAAUCUUACUUUAAUCCUGUAAACCGACAGCAUUGUGUUUAAAAUAACAUUAGAUUGGGGCAAAAACUCGUUAACAGAAGUUCCCGUUUUAGCCCGUUUGAUGGAGUUAAUGUAGCAACUGGCACAAGCUAACAGCUGGCGCCAGCAACCGAUCGGAUAAUGAUCAAGUUCGUGCUAAUGGUGAACCGACAGGGUCAGACCAGGCUGUCCAGGUAUUAUCACUCUGUGGAGCUGAGCAGAAGAGCAGCUCUUGAGGCCGAUGUAGUACGCUACUGCCUGAGCCGCAAGAAAGAUCAGUGUUCCUUUGUGGAGUACAAAGACUUUAAAUUGGUUUACCGCCAGUAUGCUGCUCUGUAUAUCGUGGUGGGCAUCACAGACAGUGAGAAUGAGCUGUCCAUCUACGAGCUGGUUCAUAACUUUGUGGAGGUCUUGGAUAAAUACUUCAGCCGGGUGAGUGAACUGGAUAUAAUGUUCAAUCUGGAUCGAGUUCAUAUCAUCCUGGAUGAGAUGAUCCAGAACGGACACAUUGUGGAAACAAACAAGAGCCGCAUCCUCGCACCCCUCACCACUAUUGACAAGAUGGUGGACAGCUAACAAAAAGAAAGGAAGUCACGGACUGUUCUUCAGGCUGAGGACUGGCCUGCAGCUUACAGUCUGAAUUUAGAAUCUGCUUAAAGGUACUGAUGUUAAAAUAAUAAAAAGAACUCAGUGCCCACAUGUACUCUGGUCAGUAUAUUAAUACACAUCUGUACAGUGUAUCCAGAUGUUCGAUCUGCACAGCUGAGAGAAGGAAGCCUCCCUCUGAAGUUGGCCAGUUUGAAUUUAUUCAGGAAGAAAACCGGUUGUGUGAAUUUAGCGGGGAAUGAAUUACAUUUUAUUUUUUUAUUUUUAAUUUGCCUUUCGGGGUAUUGGCAGACCACAGGAAUUGUUUGUAACAAACCAAAACGUAAAGACAUUUGGUGGUAUUAUGUCUAAUAUGUAAUAAAACAAUAAAAAAAAAA